AUGUCUCGGGUUGAUAACAGAAAUUCCUCAGCCGCCAAGCGUGCUAGGACUGAUGGUAGUCGUAGGGAAGAUGAUUGGACUUGCCCCAGCUGUGGCAAUGUCAACUUUUCUUUCAGAACAACUUGUAACAUGCGUAAUUGCACUCAACCUAGGCCAGCUGAUCACAAUUCGAAAUCUGCUGCCAAGCCUCUACAAGCUCCCCAGGGUUAUCCAUCCGCAGCUCCUUAUUUAGGUUCUAAUGCUCCCUCUUCUAUAUAUCUUGGUGUCCCACCAUAUGGGUCUUCUCUGUUCAAUGGAUCAUCUGUUCCUCCCUAUGAUGUUCCAUUUUCUGGAGGAUCAGCAUAUCACUACAAUUAUGGUAGUCGUCUUUCUGCUGGCAGUCCUUAUAGACCACUGCAUUUAUCUGGACCUGCACCCUACACAGGUGGACCAGUGAUGGGAAAUGGUGGGAUCUAUGGGAUGCCCCAACUAUUGGACCGGUAUGGCCUGGGUGUGCCUAUUGGACCUGGGACAAUGGGUGCUAGGCCUGGGUUUUUUCAUGAUGACAAGUCUCAGAAAAAAGAUGCAACUCGUGACAACGACUGGACAUGUCCAAAAUGUGGCAAUGUCAAUUUCUCAUUCAGAACUGUCUGCAAUAUGAGAAAGUGCAACACACCCAAACCUGGAUCCCAGGCCUCAAAGUCUGACAAAAACUCUAAACAAAAGAUGCCUGAGGGAAGCUGGAAGUGCGAAAAGUGCAACAACAUAAACUAUCCUUUCAGAACCAAGUGCAACAGACAGAAUUGUGGUGCUGACAAGCCAGCUGAGUCUGACAAAUCUCCUUCACCAUCUGCAGAUCAAAAUGAUCAGACUAGAAUACAUGAAACAAAAUGCAAGGAUCAACAGAUGAUUUCAGGGAUGGCCUUAGAUGUCUAUAAAUAUAACCGAAUCGGGGACUAUAAAUCUAUGCAAAGGAUGGUUGGGAUAAGAGAUGAAGUAUCUCGAUAUUGUACUCCGAAGAAGCUUUCAAUAUGCUUUGUUCUCGGAGCACGUCGAACAUUAUUAGUUCAUAAAAGGUGGACUUCCUUCACGAACAAUUCGGCACAAAGGUUGCUAGUGCUAGUAGGGCUUCUUUAUUCAUUGGUCUCAUUACGUUAG